AUGUUGAAUGUGUCCCAGUCUGAGUCUAACAUGACAUCAGCAUUUCUGAACCAGAAUCUUUUAAGGAUAGCUCUAAUAUCAACUCUGUCUACAGUACCAUCAGUUAUUUUUCUCUACAUUAAUGGGACCAUUCUUUUCACUCUGAGGAGUAAACCUGUGUUUCGUGACACAUGUCGGUACAUUCUUCUGUACAACCUCCUUCUAGCAGACACUUUCCAGUUGGCACAGAGUCAGGUGCAGUUCUUACUGUCUGUUUGCAGAGUGAAACUGGUGUAUUCGCUGUGCAUUGUUCUUAGUAUGCUUGCCAAUCUCACAACUGGGAUUUCUCCGCUAACACUGGUGGUAAUGCCUUUAGAGAGAUAUGUGGCUGUGUGCUUCCCACUGAGGCACUCCUCUAUCGUCACCAUCAGAAACACAACCGCAGUAAUCAUUGUAAUCUGGGCUGUCAGCUCAGUAAACAAUCUCACUCGUGUUUUCUUAUUUUUAGAGUUUUCAUCAGAAAAAAUGGAGAUUUGGCAGAUAAAGGAUCUUUGUUCUAACAUAGCCUUGGUUCUUGGUGCUCUAACUGCUGAAUAUGACAGAGCCUAUACUUGUGCUGUGUUUGUCUCAGCUGGUGUUGCUGCAACUUUCUCCUAUGUUGGUGUCAUUAUAGCAGCCAGAUCAGCCUCCACAGAUAAAGCUUUAGCUCGUAAGGCCCGUUACACCCUGCUGCUGAAUCUGGUUCAACUUGGCCUGAGUCUUUCCUCAACCAUUAAUAACCCACUCCUCAUUGCUCUUUCUAAAGUUUUAACAAGAGUAGCAUUUUUAUGGAUUCAGAAUGUAUUUUAUGUUUGUUUAAUAAUUUUCCCCAGAUGUUUGAGCUCUCUAAUCUAUGGGCUCAGAGAUCAGACCAUCAGGCCUGUUCUGCUGUAUUAUCUAUGUUGUCGCCCUAAAAUCAAAGCCUAG